AUGAAUGAAAAGAUAAGAGAAUCUUAUCUACUAUCACAUCAUCAUAAAAAUUAUCAUCAUAUGCCGAUUGAUCGAUUAUUUAUCGGUAUUGACAACCGAAUCCUACAAACAGUUAAAGUUUUGGUAUUAAGUGUUGGUGAUGUUGGUGAUGAUGAUGAUUUAAAGUCAGUAAUUGUGACGGUUGGCUUUGAGAAUGUGUGGAGUGAUUUUGUUAUGAAUGAAUAA